GCCGCCAUGGAGCCGCCCGGCGCGGCCUGCGGCCUGCCCAGCGUGUCCGGCGCCGAGGUGCGGGCGGGGCGGCGGGAGCCGUGCGUGCUCAGCCUGGGCCGGCGGAGCGGCCGCUACGGGGUAAUUAUCCAGCCCCAGGAGAAGGCAAAGGCAGAGCCGGAUUACAUCCCCAUCAACAGCCACUUUAAAUGUGUGCAAGAGGCAGAAGAAACUCUCCUGAUUGAUAUAGCUGCAAACACAGGCUGCAAGGUCAGGAUACAAGGUGACAAGACGGCAGAUCGGCUCUUUGAAAUCCCCGAUGAGGAGCGUUGCCUAAGGUUCCUUUCAGAAGUGCAGAGCAUACAGGAAGCUCACCUGAAGGCUUCUCUUCCUGAAGCCAAGGACUCAGCCAGCUGGCAUCAGGUGGAGAAGGGUCUCCCAGGUCUAUCUCAGGCCUCUUCGUCAGGAGCUCUUGGGUUUGAGGAUGAUUUCAACACUCUGAGCCUCGAAGAGAAAAGAAACAUGCAGAACCACCAGUCAGGGUCUCGCCGGGAGCCCCCACCCCCUCCCGUGCCUCAAAACAGGCAAUUUCACCGAGAGGGAGAAGGCUCAUCAAGGGAUCAGCCCAAAGUCACCAACACUAUGCGCAAAAUGUUUUUGCCCAGCACCCCGUCGGGGCAGAGAGAAGGUCUCAUCAAGCACCUGCUUGCCAAGAGAGAGAAAGCCUAUGUCAACCUUCACAACUUCAGAUUUUUUGUAGGAACAUGGAAUGUGAAUGGGCAGUCUCCAGACAGCAGCCUGGAACCCUGGCUGGUGUGUGACACCGAGCCUCCGGACUUCUACUGCAUCGGCUUCCAGGAGCUGGACCUCAGCACAGAGGCUUUUUUCUACUUUGAUUCUGCAAAGGAGCAAGAGUGGCUGGCUGCUGUGGAGAAGUCCCUGCACCCCCAGGCUAAGUAUAAGAAAGUUCAAAUGGUCCGUCUGGUUGGGAUGAUGUUGCUCAUAUUUGUGAAGAAGGAUCAGCUGAGCAAUAUCAGAGAGAUCAUGACAGAGUCUGUGGGCACAGGAAUCAUAGGAAAGAUGGGCAACAAGGGAGGCGUGGCUGUGAGGUUUGUGUUCCACAACACGUCCUUCUGCGUCGUCAACUCCCACCUGGCUGCCCACGUGGAGGACUUCGAGCGGCGGAACCAGGACUACAAGGACAUCUGCGCUCGGAUGAGCUUUGUGACCCCUGAUGACAGUCUACCUCAGCUCAACAUCAUGAAGCACGAUGUUGUCAUCUGGCUAGGAGAUUUGAACUACAGACUCUGUCUCCCUGAUGCCAGUGAAGUGAAAAGUCUGAUCAGUAAGAACGAGCUUCAGAAGUUGCUGACAUAUGACCAGCUGAAUAUUCAGCGCACUCAGAAGAAGGCAUUUGCAGAUUUCACCGAGGGAGAGAUUAAGUUCAUCCCCACGUAUAAAUACGACUCUAAAACGGAUCGCUGGGACUCCAGUGGCAAGUGUCGUGUGCCAGCGUGGUGUGACCGCAUCCUUUGGCGAGGGGGCAACAUACACCAGCUCCGGUACUGCAGCCACAUGGAGCUGAAGACCAGUGACCACAAGCCCGUCAGCGCGCUCUUCCGCAUCGCGGUGAAGGUUGUGGAUGAGCAGAAGUACCGGAAGCUGUUUGAAGACAUCGUCCGUCUGAUGGACAGGAUGGAGAACGACUUUCUGCCGUCGCUGGAGCUGAGCAGGAGAGAAUUUGAGUUUGAGAACGUGAAGUUCCGCCAGCUGCAGAAGCAGAAGUUCCAGAUCACCAAUAACGGGCAGGUCACCUGUCACUUCUCCUUCAUCCCGAAGCUCAACGACACCCACUACUGUAAGCCGUGGCUUCGGGCUGAGCCUUGUGAAGGUUACUUGGAGCCAGAUGAGAGCACAGACAUCUCCCUGGAUGUGUAUGUCAGUAAGGACUCAGUAACCCUCCUCAACUCUGGUGAGGACAAAAUUGAGGAUAUCCUUGUCCUUCACUUGGACCGGGGGAAGGAUUAUUUCCUCACCAUCAGUGGGACCUACCUGCCCAGCUGCUUUGGCACCUCCCUGGAAGCCUUGUGCCGAAUGAAACGACCAAUCCGAGAAGUUCCAGUCACCAAACUCAUUGACCUGGGAGAAGACAGCUUCUUAGAGAAGGAGAAAUCCAUCCUGCAGAUGGGCUCCCUGGACAGCGAGGAGGCGAGCGGGGCGCCACUGCAGGUGCCAAAGGAGAUCUGGCUCUUGGUGGACCACUUGUUCAAGCAUGCCUGCCAUCAGGAGGACCUGUUCCAGACCCCAGGCAUGCAGGAGGAGUUGGAGCAGAUCAUUGACUGCCUGGACACCAGCAUCCCUGAGAAAAUCCCGGGCAGCAACCACUCUGUGGCCGAGGCCCUCCUCAUCUUCCUGGAGGCUCUGCCAGAGCCUGUCAUCUGCUACGAGCUGUACCAGCGCUGCCUGGACUGGUCCCACAGCAGCCGCCUGUGCCGGCAGGUGAUUUCUCAGCUGCCUCGGUGCCACCGCAGCGUGUUUCAGUACCUGAUGCUGUUCCUCCGAGAGCUGCUCCGAUACUCAGAAGACAACAACGUCAGCGUGGCCAUGAUCGCCGCCUUGUUCUCCAGCCUCCUCCUGCGCCCUCCGCCCAACCUGCUGGCCAGGCAGAGCCCGCAGGACCGCCAGCAUGCCAUCAGCUUCCUCCACAGCUUCCUGCUCGCCGGGGACGAGGAGUGACUCUGACUCCCGAGGGAUGCCAAAGCCGGGCCGUGCCUCUGGGCCGCGGGAGGGUGCCAGGCUGGGGCUGCUCCCAGCGCCGUGUUCCCGGGCGGGAGGGACGUGUUCCCCUCCCCUCCCAGCGCCAGGCCCCGCACGCUCCUCGCGCUGCCCCUGCUCCCCGGCAGCGGGGCUGGCUCUGGUGCUCCCCAGCACUGUGCCAGCAGCCCCUUCCUCACGUGGCACUUGCACCAGGCCCCCAGCUCACACUUCUGUCUCCUCACCCCCUUCUACCUGGAGCUGCUGCGGGGACGCUGCCGCUGGGGCUGUGCUGGGCUGUGUUCGCUGGCUGUACUGGUGGGGGCUGGCUGUACUGGUGAAGGCUGGCUGUACUGGGCGGGGUGGCUGUACUGGUGAAGGCUGGCUGUACUGGUGAUUGCUGGCUGUACUGCUGAGGGCUGGCUGUACUGGUGAGCACCCUGCACUCUGCCUCGCCUGCUGUUGGGUGUCUGCCUCCCUCUGCCCCACCACCAGCCCCGCUGCCCCAUCACUGUGCUAUGUAUGAAUGCUGGACUGUGGCUGACCCAGGAACUCGGGAACUUCAGCCUCUUCCCUUCAGCAGCCCUUUGUCCUCUCUUCUGCCUCGUGGCUGGGAGGCUCUGGCAUAUGGUCCCUCCUGCACUCCCAGCCCUCAGCUGCUGUUGCCUGGGCCCUGCUCCCCUGUGCCCCAGCUCCCCUCUGGACCAGAGCUGGGGGUUCAUGCAGGAGCCCGGGCCAGGCAGGGGCAGGAGCUGCUCUGUGCUCCUCCAGGGCUGUCCCUGGGCACAGCCCCCUGGGGCAGGACACAGUUCCUGUUGCUGUCCACGGGUCAUCCCUCAGGAGGGUGGGUACAGACUGGGGGGAAAGGGAGGAAAACAAGCCAGAACUCCCUGUCCAGGUCCCGAGGAUCAGCUGGGGGCUGUGCUAGCGAGCUGUAGUGCCAGAGCCACAGACAGGUGUGGCAGGGGUGCCCGUGGGUGUCCACUGAAACACUAAGCAGAGUCCUGCCUGCCCGGGCUGGGGCUGCAUGGCCUGGGCAGAGCCAGGGGGGCUGUGGGCCUGGGACCCCUGGCACUGCGCUUGCUGCCAGCCCCUAUGGCCCUGCAGCCCCCAGGCUCUGGCUGAGCUGCUGAGGCUCCCCAACCUUCUGGCUCCUGCUUUGGGGUUGGAUGGGUUUUUUUUCCUUCUUUUACAGUUUUUAAAUGACAUAAUUUAUUGGGAAACUGUUUGUUCCAAAUAAAGCUCCGUUGUGCAGGGGGCAGCAGCAGCCUCCUGUCGCUCUGUGUGCUGCCCAGAGCUCUGCCAUCCUCCUGCUCCCACCAGCCCCCUCCCUGCGAGGGGCCGGAGCCUUCCACAGCCGGCUCGGGCCCCUGCCAGCACCCUGGCAGCGUGUGGGGCAGAGCCAGGGCAUGGCAGCAGCAUCCCCGGCUCCUGCCGCUUUAGCUCCCCUGGGGCUGCAGCUCGCAGCCUCCUCACACGCGGGCAGCCACCAGCCCAGCUGGUUGCGCGGGAGGGACGGUGCGGAGCGGGCACGGCCGGGCGCUGGCGCAGCCCUGAGUCCCCCCCCCGGCCCCACAGCAGCAGGGAAGGGCCAACGUGUCCUGCCGCAGG